AUGUAAAUUGUAGAGCUCUACACGUGCUCCCUUUCGGUUGGACGUCCUGUGUCUAGUUCUGGAAAUUACGUCGCAAAUCGACAGACUACGCUAACGAUCCUGCAGAUAUUUACUUAUGUAAAUUUUAACAGGUGAAACCAUGUGCUCUGGAUCCCGAUGCUAUCUGCAAAGGCUGUGCAUUUAAAGACAGCAAUGGAACCUUCCAAAAACCAGUUUGGAAAAAUGCUCAGAAUGGGAAAACCUUCUACCCCUCAUAUAAUAUCUCCCCUGGACAUUACACACCAGUCAUGGUUUCUAGUCAACAUUUCCAAGACACGGCUGAAGCUUCGAUUAAAUCGAAGCGUGUAAUCCAGCCGAUGAGAUGGGGUCUUGUUCCUUCUUGGCACAAAGGCAACCCUAAUGGCAUCCCUUACCAAACCAAUAACUGUAAGUCUGAGACUAUGUUGGAAAAGAAGAUGUUUAAGGUUCCUUUGGAAAAGGGCAGACGAUGUGUUGUUCUCGCUGAAGGAUACUAUGAAUGGAAGAAGAGUGGCCAAACAAAACAGCCCUACUUCAUCACACAACAAAUACAUGAUGUGAAACCCAAUAUAAAAACGGAAGUGGAGGAUGUGAAAAAGGAAGAUGUCUCCAUGAUUAAAACUGAAGUUAAGACUGAAAUUAAAACUGAAGAUGAUGCAAAGAAAGAAACGAAAGAAAGUGUUUCUGGUGAAAAACCCAGCAAGCCCCUCAUGAAGAUGGCUGGAGUCUUUGAUAUCUGUAGAUCAAAAGAUGACAAAGACCAGGAUCUCUAUAGCUACACUGUAGUUACGGUGCCUGCAUCUGCUGCCACAGCAGACAUCCACCACAGAAUGCCGGCUAUUCUCAGUACAGAGGAAGAUGUUGAACAAUGGCUGGAUUUUGGAGCCGUUCCAAUUAAGGACGCUGUGAAGUUAAUCAAGCCACAGGAGUGCAUUGAUCUCUACCCCGUGUCUACUGUCGUCAAUAACUCCCGCAACAACAGCCCUGAAUGUGUUAAGCCACUGGACAUGAAGAAACCAAAAUCUGCCCUAGAGGCCUGGUUGAAGAAGAUACCAAAGAAAGAACCGGCAGAGAGUAAUCCAGCAAACUUCAUAAAGAAGGAACCAAAAGAAGAAGAAGAUGAUGAGAGUGAAAUACCAGCAAAGAAAAUCAAACAAGAGGAAUAAGAACAGGAGGCAUUUGAAGGGGAGGGGGGGGAUUUUGGUUACAAAUCUUGAAAGUUCAAGGGGCAAACAAUAGAGAUGUAGUAUUAGAUCACAAAUGUGGGAUUUGUUUCAAUAAUAAUAAUAAUAAUAUUCAAUGUCAGCUGGCAAAUGGGAUAUUGAAAAGAAAAAAAUAGAUUUUUACAGCAAACAAUAGAUUGUUUUUAGAUAUUCAGUGUUAUAUUAUAAAGUAUGUGGGGUCCUUUUAAAAAAAAUAAUAAUAUACGGUGUUAGAUGUCAGACAUGUGGAGGUUGUUUUAAUGUUAGAUAUUGAACACAAAACAUGUAGCUUUUUUUUAUUUUUGUAAAAAGAAUAUACCAUCUGAGAUUUAUAAACAUGUGGGAUUAUUUCAUGAAUAUUCAAUAUUACGGUUCAAACGUGAGAUUUAAAAACAAUUUCACAUUUUUGUUUUUUUUUUACUAAUAUAUUCAAUGUUAAACAUGUGGGAGUUCAUUACUAAUUUUCAAUGUUACGUAUUAAACAUUUUUUUUUUUUUUUUUAAAAACAUUGCAUGUUAAUUAGCAAGAAACACAUGAAGAACAUUCUCAAUUAUUAUUAUUCAGAAUUCAAACUUGUUUUGUUAUAUUUCUAAAUUUUUUAACUUAUGUUAGCAUGUUCAUUUUGUUCCCCCCCUCCCCAUCAAUUCCAUAGAGACAACAGCAUUUCAAACUGACCACCAUUCCCAGUUUUCAUCCGGUGUUUACCAUUUUUUUGUUAAUUCCCAACACAUUUGGAACUUUAUCUCAAAAGUGUAUUUUGUUAUUUUGUGGUUAUUCAUUAAAUUUUGAGUCUUUUGUUUUUUACAAAAGAAAUAAAAAAAACUUUUCAAAACAA